AAGCGGAAGUGCUGCUGGUGGAAACUGGCGAACACCGUCGCUUGUCAGCCGCUACCAGGUGAUGUGUGUGUUGUAAACAAACACAACUUUUUUUUGCCGAAGACGGGACUAAAUUUGAGCCAAAACCAUGACCACAGACUCAACACUCCUCAAUUCUGAGAUGGAGUUAGAGCAGCAGGAAGACCUGUAUCAACAGCUGUUGUCACAGACAGUAGGAAGCCUGCAGGCAGAAAAUCCAGACUCCAAAGUGAUCCGACCGCAACCUGGAAUAUGUGUGAAGACCGUGUCGGAAAAGGACAAACAGAAGGUCUUUGUCAACAUCUGUCAGUCAAACUUAGUUCCGCCGCCACCGGAACUGUCCAAAGAGGAGCUUGUGGAGUUGCUCCAAUCAGAAGAUCCCAGUGGUUACAGAGUUCCCAUGAGUCUCGGGGAGCCACACACUGAGGUAGACAACAAUUCUCAGGGGUGCACGGCUUAUGACGUGGUCAUUAACCAGGAGUUCUUCCAGAAGUGUCAGGGGGAAGCCUUGUUCCAGCAGUUUGUUAUCAUGGUGUCUUUGGAAGGUCUAGAGAACAAAUACAAACUCAUGCUUAGUAGAGAAUGGAAGGUGCUGAAGAACAGAAAGUUCUUAGGGUCGGUCAGCGAGCAGAACAUUCGCACGAAAAGCAAGCCAGUUAUAGAGGAGCUCCAACCCCAGGAAAACUCCUCUUCUAUUGCAAAAAGACCAGAGUUCACCUUGUUUGUAGAGCCCCCUGCUGGUGUCCCUGAGUACCUCAUAGCAGAAAUCAAGCUGCCUGGUGUGGUUUCGUCGCGGUCGCUGGUCCUUGACGUCGGCGAGGAUCGCUUGGUGUUGACAGCCAGACCCUCGCUCUACCAUCUUGACAUCUUUCAUUCCUUCGUGGUUGACCAGGACAUGAGCGUGGCCCAGUACAACAGCAGCACUCAGGUCCUCACAAUCACCUUGCCCCUGGUGUCAUCUUGAAGUGACAGACAUAAACUUCAGGUAUUUCUUUAAGGUGAAUUUGUUUGAUGAGUUUAUGUACUGUAUAUACUGAAAGGCACAGCACACAUGUUUACGCUAUUAAAAAAAACAAAUACAAUCAUGGGUUUAUUGUGCUGAAAUUGUAAAUA